GUAAGGCCGGCCAGUUCGUGUUGAGCGCGCGGUUUGUCAUGCCAGCAGUGGUCCUACCGACUCGCCACUGUAUAGCGACGACGAGUUCUGGUGCGACGACAGCGACUUCGAGUACUGCUGCAGCUGCUACUGCUACGACGCUCUUCUGGUUGCCUGUGGUGGAUAGCCCGACCGCGCGUUGCUGUUACUGCGGUGGUAGUCGUCUGCAGUUCGUCGGUGGUACCCCGAGGAGUAAUUGUUACGACUUGUCGUGCUCGCCCCUGACUCCGUCGCCAACAUCGCGUAGGGUCUGCCGGUGUGACGGUACCGCCUCCGUAGUGUUGUUGGUGCCGUAUGUGCUCGGCCCGCCGUGCUUCCGACCGAUCGUGUUGCCGCCCGCGUUUAUCGCAGCCGCCAAUCACCUCAGACAUCACCGCCGGAUACAACUGUACAACACGACCGUCACCAGUAUGGAGACUAGGUCAGUAUGUUUGGGCUUAAACGAAGCCGCUUACGCUAACAUUAAAGAUUCUGUUAGAGAAUUGUGGAAUCUCAUUGGACUGAAGGGCACCGGUGGCAGUGCUCUGGGUGGUGCUAGCAGUGCAUUAGUAGGCACCAGCGGCAACUUAGGCGCGGCAGCGGCCGCUGCUGUACUUGGCGGCGGUAGCAGUCGUGUGACGUCGUCGGGCGUUGAGCUUAGAGAGCUCAGGCGCCACAACUACAAAGCGUCCGUGUCCGUGUUGUCGCAUCUGAACAAAGGCAACGCUGCGUCGCCGUACGUUAGCAUUGGAGGAGGACACCGACAACGGACCAGAGCCCACCGGGCCAUGAACAUGGGCCAGAAAAUCUCUAGUGGAGUUAAAACUGUUAGCCGCGAAAGUGCGCAACCAUACAAGCCUGUAGUACCCAGAGAACUGGCCCAAGACUUUGCUCGUCCAGCCAGACUAGACAUAUUAUUAGAUAUGCCGCCGGUAUCCAAAGAAAUACAAGUCAAACACGCCUGGAACGCGGAAGAUAGGUCUUUAAAUAUAUUUGUUAAGGAAGAAGAUAAACUAACAUUCCAUAGGCACCCGGUAGCGCAAAGCACCGACUGCAUUAGAGGCAAGACUGGCUUAACCAAAGGUCUGCACGUUUGGGAAGUCAACUGGUCGACCAGGCAGCGUGGAACGCACGCAGUGGUCGGUGUUGCGACUCAAGAUGCGCCUCUUCAUUCUGUCGGUUACCAAAGCUUAGUGGGAAGCAACGACCAGUCAUGGGGCUGGGAUUUAGGGCGUAACAAAUUAUACCACGAUUCAAAGAGCUACGAUGGCAUUACGUAUCCGGCUCUGCUCAAGCCGGAUGAGACGUUUAUUGUGCCAGAUAAAUUUUUAGUUGUUUUGGACAUGGACGAGGGUACAUUGUCCUUUGUUGUUGACGGCCAGUAUUUGGGCGUAGCCUUCAGAGGCCUCAAGGGGCGGAAAUUAUUUCCAAUUGUUAGUGCUGUUUGGGGUCACUGUGAGAUCACGAUGAAAUAUAUUGGCGGUCUUGAUCCCGAACCUUUACCACUAAUGGACUUAUGUAGACGAGUCAUUAGGCAGCGCAUAGGCAAACAAUACCUAGAAGAAAGGGUCAUGGACCUCAAUCUGCCACAGUCGCUGAGCGUUUACUUAUUGUAUCGGGACAGGAGAUAACGGGUCCUAAGACCAAACCGAAUAUUAUGAUCAACAGAUCUCAAACGUCGAUCCAAUUCCUCCCUACUUAUAAUAUUUGUCCUACCUUUACAACACCCCACAACCACCCGUAAUUUCCUCUACCUCAGGCCAGUAACCGCGACGUCCGCCAAACUAGUCUCCCCCCCUACACCGAUCCCUCGUUCAAAUCCUUUCCAAUGUCACUUCUGUGUAAAUAAUACUCGAUGCAUACACCUUUUCCCUCCCUUAUAAUCUACGCAACCACAAAAUCUAAGUAACGACUGAUGUAUCAAGUGUCAAGAUAGUUUUUUUUAAUAUAUUAAUUAAUUUAAGGUUUAGGAAAAUAUUAAAGAUAAAACUUUUGUAUAAAGUCCAAAAGAUGCCUAUUUGGUAUUAUAAAAAAGAAAUUAAGCGCGCAAAAUAAUUACCGCAUAUAAUUUCCACCUUGUGAAUUAUAGUUUUUUAUAUAUACAGGAAAUUUAUUUCUAUUCUGGUUUAUUUGUAUUAUAUUAUACGCGCGUGUUAAGGACAAUGAAAUUUUUUUACCAGUUUUUGACAAAAUUGUAUAUAAUUACAAGUUACAUGUUUUUUUCUCAUCAUUGUUUUAUAUCACAAAUAAAUAUGUUUUUGUAACAGAAAAAUCCUUGGUAUAUUAUAUUCGAAAUUUUUUUUUUUUUUGUAGAAAGAAAUCGAUAUUAAUUGUACACGUUUUGUAUGCGAGUUAAAAAAUAGUUUUUUCAUUUAUUAUUAAUAUUAUUAUUAUUAUUAUUAUUAUUAUUAUUAUUAUUAUUACCUUUUUUUUAGUUGUUAAAUAGAAAAAUAAUAAAAAAUGUUAUUGUUUCGUAAAAUUUGCGCUCCCAAAAUUGUUUACCAGAAUGUU